AUGGGUUGCAUGAGUUCGAAACCCGUCGACACGGCGGAUAAAGACGCUGUUCAACGAAGCGCUAGGAUAGAAAAGGUUCUGAAAAAUGACAAGAAAGUAAUGGACCGAACAAUCAAGAUUCUCCUCCUUGGUGCUGGUGAAUCGGGCAAGUCGACAAUCAUCAAACAAAUGCGAAUCAUACAUUCCGGCGGCUUCCCCGAGGAUGAACGACGCCAAACACGAGCUGUGAUCUACUCGAAUCUUGUUAUCGCCUUCAAAGUUCUACUGGAUAUCAUGCGCGCCGAAAACAUUGAUUUCCAGCUGGAAAAGACACAGCCGUUAGCCGAAUAUGUAGACAAGCUUGAGCCAGACGUCGGUUCAGACGAGGCAUUCUCAGAUCUCAAGGUUCGCGACGCUCUCAGAGAGAUGUGGGACGAUACAGGUGUUCAAAAAGCUGUUGCUCGAGGCCACGAGUUUGCUCUUCAUGAUAACUUGCAUUACUUUUUUGAUUCGCUUGAUCGAAUAUUCACUCCUGGGUGGCUUCCCGACAACCAGGACAUGUUGCAGGCUCGUUUGCGGACAACCGGAAUUACUGAAACUCUCUUUGAACUCGGUCAAAUGAACUUCCGAAUGAUGGACGUCGGUGGACAGCGAUCCGAGCGAAAGAAGUGGAUUCACUGUUUCGAGGGUGUUCAAUGCCUUCUAUUCAUGGUUGCCCUAUCUGGUUACGACCAAUGUCUCGUUGAGGACCAGAAUGCCAACCAAAUGCAUGAAGCAAUGAUGCUGUUCGAGUCUUUGGUCAAUGGCGAAUGGUUCAAACGCAAGCCGAUCAUCUUGUUCCUGAACAAAAUCGAUCUGUUCAAGGGAAAGCUUCAUGUUUCGCCUGUCUCCAACCAUUUCCCUGACUACAAUGGCUCCAACACGGACUUCGAUGCAGCAGCCAGAUACUUUGCAGACCGAUUCCGGGGCAUCAACCGGAUUCCCGACCGAGAAAUCUAUAUCCAUUACACGAAUGCUACUGAUACGACGUUGUUGAAGGCAACGAUGGAUUCGGUACAAGACAUGAUUAUUCAAAAGAAUCUCCACACCCUCAUACUAUAA